AUGCCUCAACAAAUCAGAAGCAUGCUUGAGCUCAUGGCUGCUGUUACGACAGGCAGUGGACUUGUAAACGAACCAGCUGCCGAGGAUAAGAUUAUCUUUGGCUCGGGAGUAUCGGCAACGGGGUGA